AAGGUUCAGAAGGAAGCGCCUCAUUGAAUGGAUCUACACACAUAGAUGAUAUCACACGUGUUCAUGUCUCUGAAUCAUCGUCGCUAUCUCCUACAUUUUCACAAAAAAGAAUACAAAUUAAAUCUAAUGACAUUCCAAGUGCCUCAUCAUCAAUAGCUUCAUCGAGUCCAUCAUCGCCACUAUCUUCUACAUUUUCACACACAAGAAUACAGAAUAAAUCUAACGGUAUUCCAAGUGUCCCGUCAAGUCCCUCAUCGACUAUAAGGCAACGUUCAGUCUCUCCGCGACCACAAUCACCGUCUUUAUUAGCUCAAGCUGUUAAAGAUUCACCCAAAUCGCCAAUUCCACAAAAAUCUCAAGAUCGAGUUCCUAUUAAACAUAGGCACAGUGAUUUGGUACACAAAGCUCUCACCACAUUAAAGAAAUACGGAGAGUCUCUAGAUGGUUGGGAAUUUUAUUCGGAAAAUAAAGGAGUAAAAAUUUAUAUGAAAGAAGUUCCAGGAAAAACAAUGCCAAUUAUGCGCGGUGAAGCGACAAUAACUGGUGGAUGGACUGUUGACGAUCUUCUAGCGACUAUUCUUGAUCCAUCUUGUAGAAAAAUAUGGGAUGACCGUUUAGAAGAUGGUAUGAUUCUAGAGCGUCUAAAUGAUGCCGACGUGUUGGUAAAGACCAUGAUGAAAGGCACUUUUCCAAUUAGUGGUCGUGAUUUAUCUACAGCUGUGACAACUGAACGUGAUCCAUUUUCUGGUGCUAUCUAUAAUGCUGGUUGUUCUGUGAUCGAUCCUGCAAUACCAGAAACCAACAAACAUGUACGUGCUCAAUUAGAUUUGGCAGGUUGGAUUCUUCGCCCUCAUUUUGAUUUUGCUGGAUUCACAUCCGCUGUUGAUGUCACUUAUAUUGUUGAUAUUGACAUAAAAUUGCAAAGUAUUCCAUCAACUAUUCUAAAAACAAUUUCCACCGGAACGCCAAUGUGUAUUGCCAGAAUUGACGAAUUAAUACAAAAGAAUGGAUAUCCACCAUAUGUGCGUAAUACUAAUGGUAAAGUAGUAUCAUCAGCAUUCAAUUUGAAGAAUUGUCAAUAUGAAUUGACAUUAAGUGAUCUGAAUCCUGGUGCUAUCACGGAAAUUUGCGCUAGUAGAAAAAUGUAUCCCUCAGGUUUUGAUAUUUCAAUCAAACCUGAAGGGUCUAAAGUAGAACUAUUGGCAAAUAAUACCGAAGUAGUGCGUAUUACCAUGCCAGAAAAAGCCAGUUAUAAAACGUUGAGCAUCGUAUUGACUAAACAGGCAUCCAAAGAAGCGCAAUUGACCCUCAAUGGAAAACAAAGUAUCCCAGUCGUUCCUUCAAGUAAUUUGCCAGGACAAUUUAAUAGUAUUCGUUCUUCAAGAACAUUUGGAAAAAUGGCUGCAAAUUUAAGAUCUACUACACCUACCACGUCAUCGAACAAUAUUGGUAAAAAUAUCAACAAUAAUUUAGUUGUUAAUCAGCCGCCGCCCAAUCCAUUAAAUUGGUAUAAUAAAGAGGGAUCAAAUGACACCGAGAAUCAAAGCGUGAAUAUGCCUGCUGUCCGAAACAGCACCAUUAAAAAAGAUGUGGUAGUGUUGAGCGACACAUUACGUUUCAACUCGCAUCAAGUUGGAUUAAUGUUUACAUCAAUGUUGUUGGCUUAUUACGCUGGCAAGCUUAGUGGAUGCUAG